CAUGGCGACGCGAGACGCGGGUGGGGGUGGCUGGUACCUGCUUGGUAGAGACGCUACUCCGGAGAUCCUAGCUGAGACCAGAUCAUGUCGGACCUGGGCUCCGAGGAGUUAGAGGAGGAAGGAGAGAACGAUCUUGGGGAAUACGAGGGGGAGCGAAACGAAGUGGGAGAACGGCACGGACACGGGAAAGCGAGAUUGCCCAACGGAGACACGUACGAAGGACACUAUGAGUUUGGAAAAAGAAAUGGCCAGGGGAUCUACAAAUUUAAGAAUGGUGCCCGAUACAUCGGAGAAUAUAUUAAAAAUAAAAAACACGGUCAAGGCACCUUUAUCUACCCAGAUGGAUCCAGAUAUGAAGGGGAGUGGGCAGAUGACCAGAGGCAUGGCCACGGCGUGUACUACUACGUCAAUAACGACACCUACACAGGGGAGUGGUUCGCUCAUCAAAGGCAUGGGCAAGGCACCUACUUCUAUGCAGAGACAGGCAGCAAGUACGUCGGCAGCUGGGUGAACGGGCAACAGGAGGGUGCUGCCGAGCUCAUCCACCUGAACCACAGGUACCAGGGCAAGUUCCUGAACAAAAACCCUGUUGGUCCUGGGAAGUACGUCUUUGACAUUGGAUGUGAACAGCAUGGUGAAUAUCGCCUAACAGACGUGGAAAGAGGAGAAGAAGAGGAGGAGGAAGAGACAUUAGUGAAUAUUGUUCCAAAGUGGAAAGCUCUCAAAAUCACAGAAUUGGCCCUGUGGACGCCAACCCUCUCCGAGGAGCAGCCUCCUGCUGAGGGACCAGGCCAGGAGGAAACACCCGGAGCUGCUGGUAUGGGUGACACCUCAGAAGAAGCCCAGGCUCUGGCAGAAGGUUUUGAGGGUGAGAUGGAGAGGACCGGAGAGGACGACAUCGAUGCCCUCAGGCAGGAGAGCCGAGAGAACAGUUACGACAUGGACCAGGGAAACGCGAACUUUGAUGAAGAGCAGUUAGACCUCCAGGAGUAAGAUGGAGGAGGUGGAAGAACACAGACACACCAGCCGUGCCUAGUUCCGGGCAGCUGGGGCUGGUACCAACCAGCUGUCAAUCUUUUGUUGUUGCUCAGUUGUUGUUUUGCAGUUGGAAAUAAAUCUCCCAGUGUUCA